AUGAUUGAAAAAGAUCGUCGUGAAUAUUGGUCAUCAAUAAUUCAAAUAUUAAUUGAUUUAUCAAAUUUAAUUGAACAAUUAAUUGUUUAUUUUAUUGUAAAACAAGAAUCAAAUAAUAAUAAAUAUGAAGAACGUUUGUUUUUUUUUGUUCUUUUGAUAAUUGGUCUACUUUCUAAUCUUCCAUCGGCAAGUCCUUAUCUUUAUAUUCAAACAAUUGGUUCAAUAUCAAUUGAAUUUGGUGAACUUUUAUCAUAUUUAUUUCUUUUAAAAAAAUCAAUAAGUGUUUUUCUUGCAUCAUUUAUUUCAUUUAGCAUUGAAGUUAUAUUACAUAGUAUAAAUAUAAUUGUUGAAUAUAAUUCAAUUGAAAAAACAAAUCAUAUUUUUAUAUUUGGAAAAACAACUUCUUCUAGAAUUAAAUAUGUUCUUAUACGUUCAAUUAGUUAUUCGAUUUUUAAUGCAACUUCAAUAUUAUUUUUAUUUCUUGAUGAUAAUUCAAGAUUUCAUUAUAAAUUUUAUGAAAUAUUAAUAUUAUUAACAUUUUAUUUUCCAAGUAUAGCAUUAGGUCCAGCAUUAGAAUCAAUAACUAAAUAUAAAUAUGAAUAUGAACAAGAUCAAAUUCCUCGAAUAACUAUUUUUCUUGUUUGGAGUUUAAUCUGUGCUACCCUUUAUUUUAUAAUGUAUUGUAUACCUCUUUCAAUAACGGGUGUCUUUUUUUCUAUUCAACAAUUAAAAGAAAUAACUCCACCAUAUGGAUAUGAUUUUGUCGUUUAUGUUUCAUCAUUAACUUUUUUUUCAAUAGCUAUUAUUAUUUUUCCUCCUUUUAUGAUUUGGUGGUGGAGAUUUACAUAUCAAAGAUUUAAAAAUAUGCGAAUUGAUGCUAAAAAACGAUUGAAACAAAUAAAUGAACAAGAUUCUGCGCAUUAUUCUCUUUAA